AUGAGCGUGCAAAAGAAGAUCAUCUCUUGUCCGUUGAAGGGUUCUGAGCUUCUUCGAAAUGCUCGCUACAACAAAGGUACAGCGUUUACUAAAACCGAGCGUAGCAAGUUGAGAUUGAAUGCCAAGCUUCCUCCUGUUAUAGAGACGUUAGAGCAGCAAUUAAAGCGUGCCUAUGAUCAAUAUGCAUGUCUAGGAGAUUCCUUGCAAAAACAUAUUUAUUUGUCGGAUGUGUUUGAAACAAAUCAAACGCUUUUUUAUGCAUUAAUUAGUCAUCAUUUGCCAGAAAUGUAUCCAAUCAUUUAUACACCCACCGAAAGCCAAGCUAUAAAAAAAUACUCUCAAGUAUACCGUUAUCCUAAUGGAUGCUACUUUGACAUUGAGCAUAAUGAUCCCAAGUACAUGAAAGAACAGCUUGCGGAAUUUGGAAACCCCAAUGAUAUCCAGUACAUUGUAAUUACGGAUUCAGAAGGGAUCUUGGGUAUCGGGGAUCAAGGAGUUGGUGGUGUUUUGAUUUCUGUAGCAAAGGGACAUUUGAUGACUUUGUGCUCAGGGUUAGAUCCUAAUCGAUUUUUACCCAUCGUUUUGGAUGUUGGUACAAACAACAAGGAUCAUCGAGAGGACCCCAAAUACCUUGGAUUGAGAAAAGACCGUGUGCAUGGAGAACUGUACAGUCGCUUCUUGGAGAAUGUUAUCCAUAGCGUUAAAGAGAAAUUCCCCAACGCCUUUGUACAUUUUGAAGAUUUUGGUCGCAUAGACGCUAAACCGGUUCUCGAUCGCUACAGUCCGAAAUUGCCUUGCUUCAACGACGACAUCCAAGGUACGGGAGUUGUGACACUGGCUGCCAUUUUUUCUGCCGUCCGCCUUACGAAGAGUAAUUUGAGCGAUCAAACGCUUGUGAUUGUUGGUGCAGGCACGGCAGGUGUCGGUGUCGCUGAUCGAGUCGUUUCUAGCAUGGUUAAAGAAGGAAUAAAGGUAGAAGACGCACGACAAAGGAUCUAUCUUUUGGAUAAAGACGGGUUACUUUUGGAUGAAGAUGCCGACAGGGCGACGGAUGGACAAAAGCCCUAUUUAAAGAAAGCGUCAGAUUUUUCCGAUAAGUCAUCUCCAGAGCAAAUAGAUUUAGAGACAACUGUUUCCAAAGCUCACCCGACAGUUCUCCUAGGUGUCUCCGGUCAAGCGGGUAUCUUUACUGAAAAGGUUGUACGGGAAAUGAGCAAGCAUACCGAUCAACCCAUUAUAUUCCCUCUGUCUAAUCCCACAGAUUUAAUGGAAGCAAAAGCAAGUGAUCUGAAUGAAUGGACCGAUGGAAAGGCAUUAAUUGCCUCGGGAUCACCAGUUCCCCCUGUAAAGCGUAAUGGAAAGGAUUAUUAUAUUUCUCAAUGUAACAAUGCUUUUAUCUUUCCUUCUGUUGGAGUUGCGGCUGUCUUGUCCGAAUGCAAGACAUUGUCAGAAGAAAUGCUUUUAGCUGCAGCGGAUGGCUUGGCUAGUACCCCAAGAGAUUAUUUCGCGUCUGAUGACUCUCUACUGCCAGAUCUUGGUCAUGUAAGAGAGGUGUCUCGCCAUGUCAAGUUUGCAAUUUUAAAGCAGGCAGUAGCCGAAAACAACUGUGCUGGUCAUGUUCCUAGCGAUGAAAAGGCUUUACGCGAGUGGAUUGAGAAGAAUGAAUGGUAUGCCGAAUAUCAAGACUAUGCAUAG